CGUCGUCGGACGACUGGCGGCGCGCGUUGGCGCGGGUGGUGCCGGCGGUGGUGGUGCUGCGCGUGACGGUGGUGCGCGCGUUCGACACGGAGUCCGCCAACUCCAGCUACGCCACCGGAUUCAUCGUCGACCGCCGCCGCGGCAUCAUCCUCACCAACCGCCAUGUCGUCAAACCCGGCCCGGUGGUGGCGGAGGCGAUGUUUCUGAACCGCGAGGAGGUGCCCGUGCAUCCGAUCUACCGCGACCCCGUGCACGACUUCGGGUUCUUUCACUUUGACCCCGCCGCCGUGCAAUUCCUCGACUACCAAGACAUCCCGCUCGCGCCCGAAGCCGCCGCCGUGGGACUCGAGAUCCGCGUCGUGGGCAACGACAGCGGCGAGAAGGUCUCUAUUCUCGCCGGGACCAUCGCGCGGCUGGAUCGCGACGCGCCCGUGUACAAAAAGGACGGGUAUAAUGAUUUUAAUACGUUCUAUUUGCAAGCCGCGUCGGGGACCAAGGGCGGUUCGAGCGGAUCGCCCGUGAUCGACUCGCGCGGGUGCGCCGUGGCGCUGAACGCGGGCAGCAAGUCGUCGAGCGCGAGCGCGUUUUUUCUUCCGCUGGACUGCGUGGUGCGCGCGCUGGGCGCCAUCCAGGCGUGCUUCGCGGAGAAGGAGGGCGGCGGGUUCGUCGUGCACAAGUGGCGCCCGCCCGUCGUCACCCGCGGCACCCUGCAGGUGACGUUGAUUCACAAGGGGUUUGACGAGACGCGGCGGCUGGGGCUGAGGCGAGAGACGGAGGCGGAGGUGAGGCGCGAGGCGGGGGCAGCGGAGACGGGGCUGCUGGUGGUGGACUCGCUCGUGCCGGGCGGCCCUGCUGAAGGCAGACUGGAGCCCGGAGACAUCCUCGUGCGCGUCAACGGCAAGGUGCUCACGCAGUUCCUCGCGCUGGAAGCCAUUUUAGACGACGCCGUGGGAGGCACCGUGACUCUCGACGUGGAGCGCGGCGGCGCACCCCUCUCCCUCGCCCUCACAGUGCACGACCUGCACGCCGUCACGCCCGACCGCUUCCUCGAGCUCUCAGGGGGGGUCCUCCACGCGCUCUCCUACUAG